GAACUGUUUUCAAAUUCUUUAGCAUCAUUUCUCAGUGAUAAGUCAUCGCGUAAAAUUAACGCAGAAUUUUUUUUAAUAGUCAAAUUAAAAAUAAUUUUAAUCACUUGGAUUAAAAAAAAAAAAUUCUUACGAUGAAUAUUUUAAUAAUAGUUUCGUGUUUAAUUAUAAUAACGAUUUUAUUAAAAAUUAUCGAAAUUAAAAAAAAUAAAAGAUUAUACAAGUUACUGAAACAAUUUCCAUCGUAUUUUGCGUAUCCUUUGAUUGGAAAUUUAAAUCUACUCUAUGGACCUGUUGAUGAUUUACUGGCGAGAAUAGAAAAACUAAUGCAGCCUCAUGAACGUCUUCUAUUUUGGCUGGGUCCGAUUCCAUGUUUGUUUGUUAAAAAGUACGACGAUAUAAUGACAAUAUUAACUCUAAGUCAAGAUCGUGAUACGCUCGAACUUGGAAACGAAUGGUCCGGUAUGGGAAUAAUAAAUGCAAGAUAUCACGAAUGGAAAAAAUCAAGAAGAAUGUUGGCUCCAGCUUUUACUUCACAAAUGCUUUCAAAAUACGUCAACGUUUUCAAUAAAAAAUCCUCCAAUCUGGUUGAGAAACUAAAGGCAGUGGCUGACAGUGGAAAAGUAGUCGACAUUAGAGAUUAUAUUGUGAAUGCGAAUCUCGACAUUAUUAUAGAAAACACAGUAGGAAUUUCAAUUCAUGGCAGUGGAAAAAUUGGACAAAUAUUUUGUGACGCUUUACUCGAAGCUCUACGAGGCUUACCAGAACGUUUCAUAUCAUUUUGGUUACAAUUUGGAAUGAUUCACUCGCUGUACUUGAAAAUUACCGGGAAAAGUGAUACAAUAAAACAGCUACGUUUUCUGCCAACCAAGGUGGUGAAAAGAGACCUGUACGACUUUCAAAAUCAGACAGAUAAAUUCAACGAUGCUGAAGCAUCCAAGACAAUAAUCGAUUUGCUCAUAAAAGGAAGCCAACAAGAGCCAACUUUCACAGAAACUAGAAUAACAGAUGAAUUAUUACAUGUGAUUGGAGCAGGUGCUGAGACGACUGCAUUAAACGUUAGUUUUCUAAUGAUGAUGUUGGCAACACAUCAAGACAUUCAGCAAAAAAUAUUCGAAGAAAUCUCUCAACUGUUGGGAGAAGACGAAGAACUCACCGCAGAACAUUUGACUGAUCAUUUGAAAUAUUUAGAACAAUGCAUCAAGGAAACAUCCAGAAUGUUCAGUCCUGUAGCAGUAACAAGCAGACGCACUCACAGGGAAUAUUUACUAAGCGACAAUACCAUCGUCCCAGCCAAUAUGUUUGUCCUGGUAUUCAUCCAUUUAGUUCACUAUGACAAUAAAUUGUACAAAAAUCCUUCAAAAUGGGAUCCAGAACACUUCAGCGAACAAGCCAUAGCCGAAAGACCAAAAGGCAGCAGUCAACUGACCUUUGGAUAUGGACCAAGAUCUUGUAUAGGUGCCAAGUAUGCUUUAAUGUCAGCAAAAACCCAAAUGGUACACAUCCUGAGGAAUUACCAUUUAUCUACCGACGUAGAAGAUUUUUCGAUCAAGAAUUGCUCAAUUGAUUUAUGCAUAAGAAGUAAAAUUGGAUAUCCUGUUAAAUUUACAAGAAGAAGAUCGCAAAAUGAUGAUUGUUAGUUCACUUACCUAUCAUUACACAGAAGUCUUGCCAUUCCAGAAAUAAAAAAAGUUGAAUAUGAGAAUUAUGAUCCACAUAAUUAUACAUGACUAAUUUGAUGUAUCUAUAUAUUUUUAUCUCAGGUUAAAUUGAAGACAUUUUUGUGCAAUAUUAAAA